GGCUGCGUUCUGAGGUGCGCGUACCACGUACUGCUUUGUGCCGCAAAAAUUCUUCGCGUGUUAUUUUUUUAAUAAUGAAUCCCCUAAUCCAAUUAACGGCCUUUUUGGUCGUAGCAACGUUAUCUUCAAGCAGCAUUGUCAAGUCGCCGCCCACGGCCACGAAGACGGAUAAUUUUGAGCUGUUAAUACUCCACAAUAAUGAUAUGCAUGCGAGAUUCGAGCAGACAUCGCAACUCAGUGGCACAUGCACCACUGCUGACAGAGAUGCUGGCAAAUGCUACGGCGGAUUCCCCAGAGUAGCUACCGUUGUGAAAGAGGCUAGAAAAAAAGCAUUGACUGGCGAAGGUCCACCAGUUCUAUACUUGAAUGCUGGUGAUACAUACACUGGGUCGGCGUGGUUCACUAUUUACAAGUGGAAGAUUGCCGCAGAGUUUAUCAACGCAUUACAGCCAGAUGCAGUUUCGCUCAACAACGAUGAAAUUAAAAAUGGAUCACCUUUUUUGAAUAAUAUUAAUACCAAAAUAAUAUCAAGCAAUAUUAUGUUGAAAGACUUAGAAGAUAAUAACAAGAUACAAAAAUCAAUAGUACUUGACAUUGAUGCAAGAAAAGUGGGCAUAGUAGGUUAUCUUAAAUUAGAUACAAAAGAUUUAGACAGUACUGGUAGUAUCGAGUAUGUUAAUGAAAUUCUGGCACUGAAAGAAGAAGUUGCAAAAUUAGAAGAUUUAAAUGUUGAUAUAAUAAUUGCAUUAGGUCAUUCCAAUUCCGAGGUAGAUAUUGAAAUUGCAAAGGAAGUCGAAGGUAUAGAUAUUGUUAUUGGUGGUCGCAAAAAUAUUUUUUAUUGGAAUGGUAACACUGCUCAAACUUCUAUUGAAGAACCUGUGGUUGUAACGCAAAACUCUGGAAAAAAAGUUUUAGUAGUUAAAUCUUCAGCAUAUAAUAGAUAUUUAGGAAACUUGAAUAUUAAAUUUGAUGAAAAUGGUAAUAUUAUUGAAUACAACACAAAACCUAUUUUAUUAGAUGAAACUGUUCCACAAGAUCCAGAAUAUCUUCGUAUUGUUAACAAAUACUCUGAAGAAAUUACUUCUACUUCCGAAGAAAUAGUUGGGCAGACAUCCGUUGUACUAGAUGGAGACUCAUGUAGAGUGGAAGAAUGUAAUUUCGGAAAUUUAGUAACUGACGCUAUAAUGUACUAUUAUGCGGUAAAAUUUGAAGGCAAUCAAUGGACUGAUGCACCAAUAGCUAUUAUUAAUGGAGCUACUAUUAGCUCUUCAAUUUCACCUUCCAACCGCCCAGCUUCAAUUACCAAAGGCGAUAUAUUAGCGGCUUUGCCAGUAGAAAGUGAUCUAGCUGUCGUGACAAUUAAUGGAGAGAUAUUAAAUGAAUUAUUAGAGUAUGCAGUUACUGAUUACAAUUUCUACAACCCAUCUAACGGCUUUAUUCAAUCGUCUGGUGUUCGAGUAGUUUAUAACUUAGAAAGAUCAGUUGGAUCAAGAAUUGUAAGUGCAGUAGUACGAUGUGCGGCCUGUUCCGUGCCACAAUUCCAAGUUAUUGACAAUAGCAAAGCAUACAAAGUUAUUGUUCCAACCUCUUUAUUGGAUUCUCAUUAUGGAUUUGACAGAUUCCAGGGACAACCAACUGUUAAUCUAGAAUACGAUAUAUUAACUUGCCUAACAUAUUAUUUAAGUCUGCGAACUCCUGUUUAUCCAGAAGUAUCUGGAAGAAUAGUUCUUCACGGUAACGCUCUGUUGUCGAGUGUAAGUUCUGCUAUCGUUGUAAUCAUGGUUACAUUUAUCCCAAUUAUUCUGACUUUGUUUCAGUCUCUUGGAAAUCACGAGUUUGACAACGGCGUCAGUGGACUCACCCCCUUCAUAGAAAAUUUAACAUCGCCAGUUCUAGCAGCUAAUCUUAUUUUAACUAAAGUGCCAGAAUUAGCCGCAGAAAAUAAUCUUAAAAAAUCCAUAAUAUUAAAUGUAGAUGGCCAUAAAAUAGGUAUUAUAGGUUAUUUAACACCCGACACUAAAAUAUUAGCUGUAAAAAAUGAUGUUGAAUAUAUUGAUGAAGUUGUUGCCCUCCAAGACGAAGUCACCAACUUACAAAGUCAAGGAAUAAAAAUAAUCAUAGCGCUUGGUCACUCUGGAUAUGCUAGAGACUUAGAAAUAGCAAAAGAAGUAGAUGGAUUAGAUUUGGUCAUUGGUGGUCACUCUAAUACUUUUCUAUGGAAUGGCGAAACUCCAGAUACAGAAGCAAUUCAGGGACCUUAUCCAACGUACGUCACACAGUCGACGGGUAGACAAGUACCAGUAGUGCAAGCUUAUGCUUACACAAAAUAUCUUGGGAAAUUGCAUAUUACAUUUGACUCCGAUGGAGAAGUAGUUAGCGUGGACGGAAACCCUAUACUAUUAAAUAGUUCAUUUUCACAAGAUCCUCAAAUUGUUGAUAUUGUUGAAAGAUAUAGAGAGGGUGUAACAAUUUUAUCAAAACAAAUCGUAGGUUCUACUAGGGUUUCACUCGAUGGUUUAAGUUGUCAAGAUAAAGAAUGCAAUAUGGGUAAUUUAAUAACAGAUGCUAUGAUUUAUAAAUAUGCUGAGAAAUAUAAGGGCAAGUACUGGACAGAUGCAGCAAUUGCCGUUAUACAAGGAGGGGGCAUAAGGACAUCUAUAGCACACCCAGAUUUCCCAGCAGCAGUAACUGAAGAAGAUUUGUUGAAUGUAUUACCAUUUCAGGGCUCUUUAGUAACAGUCACAUUAAAUGGCAGUACUCUAAUACAAAUGCUUGAGCAUGCGUCUCUUGGAAAUCACGAGUUCGACGAAGGUGUAGAUGGAGUCGUGCCAUUUAUACGAAAUUUGACAUCACCUGUAUUAGCCGCUAACCUCAUAUUGGAUAAAGUACCUGAAUUGCAAGAUGAAACAAAUUUAUAUAAUGCAAUCGUAUUAUCUAUAAAAGGCAACCGCAUAGGUAUAAUAGGAUACCUAACACCGGAAACAAAGUUCCUAGCUCCUAGAAAUAAGGUAGAAUACGAAGAUGAAGUUAUUGCUUUAAGAAGAGAAGUUAAUAAAUUAAAAGAUCAAGGUGUAAAUAUUAUAAUUGCACUCGGACAUUCAGGGUUCUAUAAGGAUUUAGAAAUAGCAAAAAAUGUUAAUGAUUUAGAUAUAGUGAUAGGUGGACAUUCAAACACAUUCCUAUACAAUGGUAUAAAAAGUGAUGAAAAACCUGAAAUACCUCAGGGUCCGUACCCUACGAUAGUGAAACAAUCAACAGGGAAAUCGGUAUUGGUUGUACAAGCUUACGCUUACACUAAAUACAUAGGACAAUUACAUGUGACGUUCAAUCCUGACGGUGAAAUAGUAGAGUAUGAUGGCUCGCCACUCCUUCUAAAUCAGAAAGUGCCUGAUGACCCCGAAUUAUUAGAAACUAUUAACAGAUAUAGAAGUAAAAUUGACUUAUUGAAUAGCGAAUCCAUCGGAGAAUCUUCAGUUUUCUUAAACGGAGAGUGCCGUUUGCGAGAAUGUAAUAUAGGUGAUUUAAUAACUGAUUCUAUCCUGAACUACACUAGACGAUAUUACAAAGAGUAUUCUGACGUAAAUAUAGCCAUUGUACAAGGUGGCAGAAUAAGAGCAUCGAUUGAUCAACCUGAAAAGCCUUAUAAUAUGACUAGAAAUGACUGGAUGACUGUAUUGCCGUUUUCUGAUCCAUUAGCAAUAGUGACUAUGAAUGGAACUAUAUUAAAAGGGAUGCUGGAACAUUCAGUGUCUACGUGGCGUCUAGUAGAUAGCACCGGUCAGUUUUUGCAAAUGUCUGGUAUCGAAGUUGUGUAUGAUUUAACGAAACCACCCGGAUCUCGGGUUACAUCAGCUAAAGCCGUUUGCGCCAAAUGUGACAACAUGCAGUUGAGAGAUGUAAAAGAUUAUUAUGAGUACAAAGUAUUUAUGCCAUCUUUUUUAGCAGCAGCUGGUGAUGGUUACACAAUAUUUGAAAAUCUUCCAAAUGAGCAAAUCCAAUAUAACGAAUUGGAAUGUGUUUUAGACUACAUUAAGCAUUACGGUCCAAUCAAUGUUGAAAUAACUGGACGGUUAACUAUAAAUAAUGAGGAUAAAGUUACUAAUGAAUUUAAUAACAUAUUUGGUUCUAAAGGUCUCACCCUCUCACCCAAUAUAAGUAUUUACUGUAUCAUUAUUUUCGUAUGUUAUUUUGUAUUAUAAUUAGAUAUUUUGAAUAAGAUACAAUUACAGUUUGUUAAAAUAACAAG